AUGGAUGAAACAUACCACUCCAACUAUUCAAAUAAUCAUGUCUCACGAGCUCUCACAACUGAGACCGAUCCUUUGGAUCUACCCUAUCGUCAGGUGACCGAGAACGCCAACAUGGAGGAAUACACGACGGAAACCACCACAGGAGAAAUCAUCAAACCAGUCCGGUCCGCUGCUACAGGGAAAAUGGAAGACUGGAAGCUGGUAACCUUCAGUGUCGACGAUCCCGAGAACCCAAAAAAUUGGUCCAAAGCCUUCAAAUGGUAUUGUACCAUGGUGGUCUCAUUCACAUGCUUUGUCGUCGCUUUCGCUAGUAGUGUCAUCACGGCCGAUAUCGAAGGCCCUGCAGAACAAUUCGGCGUUUCUCGAGAGGUUAGCCUUAUCGUCGUUACUGUGUUCGUUAUUGGCUUUGGUGUCGGUCCCAUGGCUUUUGCCCCCCUGUCCGAAAUGGUGGGCCGGCGGAUGAUAUACGCAAGCACGCUCUUACUAGCUGUCAUUUUCAUUAUUCCCUGCGCCGUAGCUCCAAAUAUCGGGACCCUCAUUGUCUGCAGAGCUAUUGAUGGGAUCGCGUUCAGUGCUCCCAUGACGCUAGUGGGUGGAACUUUGGCCGAUCUUUGGAAGAAUGAAGAGCGAGGUGUUCCGAUGGCAGCGUUCUCAGCCAGUCCAUUCAUUGGGCCUGCCAUUGGACCGCUGGCUGGCGGUUAUCUCGCCGACGCUACUAACUGGAAGUGGCUUUACUGGUUGCAGUUAAUCCUGGCCUUCGUUGCUUGGGUGCUGAUCACCUUCACUGUUCCAGAGACGUAUGCACCAACUCUUCUCAAGCGGAGAGCGAAGAAAUUAAGAAAACAAGAGGACGAUCCUAGCUACGUGACGGAAACGGAGCUAGAUUCUCGACCUAUGGGCGAGAAGUUGCGGGUGUUCCUCUUCCGCCCAUUCCAGCUUCUGUUCCUAGAACCCAUUGUUCUGUUCAUCGCACUUUACAUGUCGGUUCUAUACGGUUUGCUGUACAUGUUCUUCGUUGCCUAUCCUGUGGUAUACCAAUCUGGGAAAGGAUGGAGUGCCGGCUCGACCGGUCUUAUGUUCAUCCCACUUGCCAUUGGCGUACUGAUGAGUGCCGCUUGCGCACCUUUUGUCAACAAGCACUACCUAUCUCUUUACACUAAGUACGGAGGAAAGCCUCCUGCUGAAGCUCGAUUGAUUCCGAUGAUGUUUUCUUGUUGGCUUAUACCCAUCGGACUGUUCAUUUUUGCUUGGACCUCAUAUCCCACUAUUCAUUGGAUUGGACCUGCUAUUGGAGGCUGGCCAGUUGGAUUCGGAUUUAUCUUCUUAUAUAAUUCGGCCAAUAAUUAUCUUGUGGAUACGUACCAGCACCAGGCCGCAUCUGCGCUUGCCGCUAAGACAUUCCUUCGCUCAAUGUGGGGUGCAUCUACUGUACUCUUUACUGAGCAGAUGUAUGAUCGCCUUGGGUACCAGUGGGCAAGCUCGUUGCUUGCUUUCAUUGCGCUGGCUUGCUGCGCGAUUCCGUACGUCUUCUACUUCAAAGGAGCGUCCAUUCGGCGGUUUUCGCGUUAUGCCUUCAGUGACGACGAAGAGAAUGGAGAGAAAAGUUAA